AGAACAGCUCCCAGUAAAGCAGUGCUUCAGUAAAUAAAGCCAUCAAAGCCAUCCCGUCUUAGCACAGAGCUCUCCGCGAGGCAUAGCGUAGCCAUGAACCAGCCGAGCUCUCCGUCUUCAAGCUCAACAUUCCAACUUUUAGCACCCGUCCGCUCACCUAGACCAUGAAGAGACAAAACGUGAGGACCCUCGCCCUCAUCAUCUGCACCUUUACCUAUCUGCUGGUUGGAGCAGCUGUUUUCGAUGCACUGGAAUCUAAGCAAGAGACCUCCCAGAAGAAAAAACUGGACGAUAGAAAAGAUGAAUUAAUGAAUAAAUAUAACCUGACUAAAGACAACUUUGAUGAACUUGAAGGGGUGGUAUUGCAACUGAAACCACACAAGGCUGCAGUGCAGUGGAGAUUCGCAGGAUCUUUUUAUUUUGCUAUCACUGUGAUCACAACGAUAGGGUAUGGACAUGCAGCCCCCAGCACAAAUGGAGGGAAGGUGUUCUGCAUGUUCUAUGCCCUCCUGGGGAUCCCCCUCACCCUGGUGAUGUUCCAGAGCCUGGGCGAGAGGAUCAAUACCUUUGUCAAGUACCUCCUGCACCGCAUCAAGAAGUGCCUUAAGAUGCAGCGGACGGAUGUAUCCAUGGCUAAUAUGGUGACCAUUGGCUUCUUCUCCUGCAUUAGCACACUGUGCAUCGGGGCAGCAGCCUUUUCCCACUACGAGGACUGGAGCUUCUUUCAAGCCUACUACUACUGCUUUAUCACGCUCACCACCAUUGGCUUUGGGGACUAUGUGGCCCUGCAGAAGGACCACGCACUGCAGAACAACCCCCAGUACGUGGCUUUCAGCUUCAUCUACAUCCUCACUGGCCUGACAGUCAUUGGGGCCUUCCUGAACCUGGUUGUGCUCCGCUUCAUGACAAUGAAUGCAGAGGAUGAGAAACGUGAUGCUGAGCACCGCGCCUUGUUUACCCGCAACAGACAGGCCAGCAGCAUGUGCAGCCCUGUCGACACCCCAGCCUCGGCAGCUUCCGCCGGUCGAGGCUUCCGCAACGUCUACGCUGAGGUGCUGCACUUCCAGUCCAUGUGCUCCUGCCUCUGGUACAAGAGCCGGGAGAAGCUGCAGUACUCAAUACCCAUGAUCAUCCCCAGAGAUAUUUCCACCUCAGACAGCUGCGUGGAUCAGAGCGACGGCUCCCCAGGCAGGUUGCCCGAACUGCGCUCGAACGGCUGUGUCUGCAACAUGCAGCAACGCUCUGCUAUCAGCUCUGUGUCUACCGGCCUUCCCAGCCUCUCCGCUUUCAGGGGACUCAUGAAAAGGAGGAUCUCGGUAUAGCCAAUGCAAUACUUUAUUUUAUUACAAUUUUCCACAAAGGACAAUGAGAAAAGCUUUAUUAUUUUAGCAACAUUUAAAAAAAUGCUUAGAAAGCUUUCUAGAAUUUCAAGAACCACCUAUGUCUUUUGAGAGGCGGGUUUGAAAAAGAAGAUGACAUUUUCCACAAUGAAGUGAACCUUCUGGUCAAGUACAUCAGCGUUUCUGUUUGAUGGCCUGAAUAUAGACAUGGACGUACAUUAUGGUUAAAGAGUAAGUAGUGGUUUUCCGAAAAAUAUAGCGUUAUACAGCUCCACAUGGUGCCACAGCUGUUUCAAUAACGUACCUGUCAUUUUUCUUUUCAUCGUUAACAUCCUGUGACAAAGACGGCUGUAGUGGGGACGCCAGA